CGCUAACUCGAUCUAGCGAGUUUUAGACCGGAAAUGAAGUUGAAAAUGAAAACGUUUGACUUUAUCAAGUAUUUCUAUCAAGUAUUAUUGGCCUAACUCCACGUCUUAGUCAUAUUUGUAUACGUGUGAAUUGCUGAAUCAUGAGUCAAGAAUUCCCACCCACACCACAACAGAUCGAUGACAUCCCUGUCAAACAGGACAACCCACUCAUUCAAAUAACAGCGUCAAAAGCUGAAAUUGAUCGAAGAAUCUCAGCCUUUAUAGAACGAAAACAAACUGAGAUAGACAGUAAUAACAGGCGGGAAUUUUGCCAUCCAGUAUCCUCAAAUGAAGACCCAUCUACGGUAAAUAGCUGCGCUCGUACUGAUGCCAUGUUAGUGCCCCGGGGUGGUGGAAGUAGUCAUAUCAAAGUUUCACAAGUGAUGAACCCAUAUGGCCCACAGGGUCAGAGAAAAUCUGACAACGAAACAGAGGGGAAUUCUAAAGCCAUGUGUGCAGAUGGUAUAGAGGAACGACUCAGAAAUAUGGAAGUCCACUUAAACAUUGAUGAUGAAAUGAUAAGUGCUAACCCAAAAAGACAGAAUGUGUAUGAACGUCUUCGACAUUUGGAGAAUCGGAUUCUUUAUCUCGAAGGAGUAUCUCCAGAGUAUUUCCAUAGUAACAGUGGGCCGCCAUCAAAAAGAAUGAAGCACAAUCAUCCGACACGUCUCAAACUUGACCAUCAGAAUCUAUCAAUCGGGGACAUUGACAAACGUAUCGCUCAGCUUCAAGCGACACUAAGUAAAAAAACUAUGAUGCCUUAUUGAUAGUUCAAAAUAUUUGUGACAUCACUGUCACAGAAGAACAGGCUUGAUAUAGAAAACUAAUAGAUGAGCAUAUCAUGGUCUCAUAGUUUGUGUGUUUGUUCUUCAUUUUCAGCCUGUUUAAUUUUUGUAAUUUGACAAAUUAAAUCUUUGCCAAAAUGUCCAGGUAGUACAUUUCUCUGUUCAAUUAUAGAAUUGCAUUUUAACAAGAUCACGGGUAUUAACCAGACCUCAUGAUACUGUGAGCGUCAUGUCUGAAGCAAGGAUAUGAAUUAGGGAGCUCGGUGAAAUGUUCAGCUCAAUGUGGAUCCUCAAUUGCUCAUGCGUUGUUGUGGUCUGGCUAGUACCCGUGAUUAUGGUAUGAAGAAACAAGA